CUGGCUUAACAAGUUACAGUUUUCGUUAUUAUAGGAAAAAAUACACUUUUUUUCACAUUUGCUAGCAGGGUGCGGCACUUAAAGGUAUUAUAGUCACCCUGUAUCCUCUGACUUCUAUUGUGAUUUGCUUUGGACAUGAAGCUCAGCUUCUAUUGUGAUUUGCUUUGGACAUGAAGCUCAGCACACAGCAGUAAUGACAGAACUUGGAGGCUGGAGCGAAGUGAAGCCGGUCACUCUAGAAGUGAUCAAGAUUUGCCUUGAGGUGAGGCCAAUUGUCGAGAAGACGGUUGAAACUGAUUUUACUGAAACUUACAUUCCUGUGGUCUAUCGCUCUCAGAUUGUGAAUGGAGAAAAUUACCUGGUCAAGGUGUUGGUUGAUGAGGAUGGAGUGUGUGUUCACCUGAAUAUAUAUCAGACUCUUCCCUGUGACGGAGGGGAACUGAGUGUGACUGGAAUCCAGUACCCCAAACCCUUUGAUGACCUGCUGAUCCCCUUCUGAACACUAACAGAUGCACACAACAAAUAGUCUGUCUUUUCUAAUAACAGACAGAUGCAAUGAGUUGCCAUACUGUAUAGAGGAACUGUUGAACUCCUUUCUCUCCUCAAUAUUAAACUCCAAAACCAAACCCUCCAGUGUCAGUGUGUUUACUGAACAAUGUCAAACUCACUUCAUAAAUGGGUUUACACUGAAAUAACACAGCAUAAAUAUUCUUCGUUAUUGCAAAUGUUUAUA